CACAGGCUGUGAUACAGGCACAGAGAAAGAGGGAGAGAGGAGAGAGUGAAAGAAAGAGGAGAGAAGCAGAAAGAGAGGGAAGGUGAAAGAUAAAGGAGAGAGGGAGAAAGAGAAGGAGAGAGAAGGAGGGAGAAGGGGCGAGGAGAAGAGAGACAGGGGAAUGAGAGGGAGAGAGACGUGAAGAGAGAGAGAGAGAGAGAGAGAGGGAAGGAGACUGAGAAAGAGAGAAGGUGUGAGAGAGAGAGAGAGAGAGAGAGAUAGAGGAACACAGAGCCUAGGGUCAAAAAGCUCCACGCAACGCCACAGUCUUACCUCAAGGCUCGGAGAGACAGAAAGAGAGAACGCACACAGGACAGGCAGCGAGCGGCAGCCUCUCCCCCAACUCAACCCCUUCCUCUCCAUCUGGAAUCCCACGAGCUUACAAUGAGGCAGAAGACUGGCCUGCGAAGCUGUUGGUGAGAGGCUGCCCCCCCUCCUCCCCCCGCUCCCCGGCUCAAUGUGUUCCACCGACUGUGUCCUGCCCUUUCCUGGAACUGGCACAGAGUUCACACCGAGGUCUGGUUCUACCCUGGAGCUGAACUGUGAGGUUCAGCAUGGGUUUCCAAGUGCCCCUUACCCACCGCUUCCCGAUGGCACCGCCACCCAAUUCUUACCGUCCCUCGGGGAGAGUGCUGAGCAGACCCAGUCUGGAGACGUGGAGCUCAACUGGCAAGAACUGAUGUCAUUGACUGAGCUGCAGGGCCUGGAGAUGACUGCUGAGGCUUCCUCCACCCCCUCUGAAGCCUGCAUCCCCUUCUAUCCGACGGCCACUGUUACUCACCCUUCCGUCCCUCUGCCCGAGCCCUGGACCCACUACCCUCUGGCCCAGCCCCUGCCCCCACCUCCACCUGAGCCCUGGCUACUGCCCCAAGGCCAUUGUCAUGAUUCGGCCCUGACACUGGGUUCUGGACCUGAGACAUGGGGAGGGGCCUGGGACAGGUCCCAGAUGGAGGCUGCUCCAUGCUUGAAAGCUGAGCCAGGACCAGGGCUAGAGCUGGGCCUCGGGAGGACCGGGCCUGGGUCAGACCUGAAGGCCGAAUUGGUGGGGACAGGCACAAUUCUGGGUGUGGAGGCCAGGCUCGGCCUCAGGAAUGGGUCUGGCCCAAAACUUGAAUCAGGAUCCGGGACUGAGCUGGGCUUCAGGCCCAGUCUAGGCCUUGGGGCCUGCCUAGGCCAAAAGACCGAGCACGAGGCUGGGAUCGGAGUUGGUUUCAGGGCUGGGACAGGAACAGGCCUGAAGGGCCCUGCCAGGCCUGGUCGGGAGACCUGCAGCCGUGACGAGCGACGGGCCCGAGCCCUGUGCAUCCCCAUACCCACGGAAGCAAUUGUGCAGCUACCGGUUGAGGAGUAUAACGAGCUGCUGUCUCGGCACCGACUGAGUGAGGCCCAGCUGGCCCUGGUAAGGGAUAUCCGCCGACGAGGCAAGAACAAGGUGGCAGCCCGGCACUGCCGACGCCGUAAGCUGGAGGCUGUGGCUCGGCUGCAGAGGGAGCUGGGUGGCCUACGAGGCCAGAGGGAGCGACUGGCCGGUGAACGUGAACGAGUGGGCCGAGCCUUACUUCAGGCCCAGGCACGGCUGGCACAGCUUGGGCAGCGGGUGUUGGCAGCUCUGCGGGACCCUGGUGGACAUCCAUACCCUCCUGGGCAGCUCUCCCUGCAGGUGGGGGCUGAUGGGGGGGUGUUCCUGUUGCAGGAGGGGGGCAGCAGGGAGUGAGUGCAGUCUUGGAGCCUACCUGG